AUGUUGUGUUUUUUGACUUUCGCUAUACUUUUUACAGGUAGAGUGCACACUACCGUAACUGAUGAUAUGAUGAUGACAAAAACAGCGGAGAAAGAUACAAAAUACAAUAACACUGCUUUCAAACACCUCAGCAUAUAUUGGUUGAGUGAGCUCAUCCAUUUCACAAGAAAGGAAAAUGUUGUAGACAUAUCCUUAGACCGGAAAUCUUUUAUUGAAGUUUGUUAUAUACAGCCUCCCAAUGGCACGAUAGUAGAGGCGUCGUUGUUUAAAGUGGAGGGAGUUACCGUUCAGCACAGAACUGAUUAUGUAUCGUGUAGGAUAACUAUAGGACCACUGGAUGACGGUCUGGUGGGAAGGUGGAGUUUAUGUGGCAUGUCUGAAAAUAAUGGUGAAAUGCGAUGCCAACCCGUUACUAUUACUUGGUACAACAAUCACGGUAAAAGGAAUUGGGUUGCCACUAAUGAAAGCAGUUUUAUUCACGCCAUCCAAGUUGGUGGCUCUGUUAAAUCUAGUAUCUCUGGCAGCGGCAACGUUACCACCUGCCACGUCGUCACUCCAGGUGGCGAAGACUUGGUAAUUACAACUGACGUAAAAUAUCCACACGUUGAAAGAGGCAGUGUUAUGAAUCCUUUAUUGUGUAGUGUUCUACUCAAGAACAUUACAGAAGACAUGUUGGGCAACUGGCUUAUUUAUGGCAAAUUUCGAUCAGUAUUGCAACAAACCGAAGUUCGCCUUCCAUUGACUCUUAGUCUUUACAACGAGGACAAACCAUAUCAUCAAGCCUAUAAUGUAACUGUACUGCAAAGUCAAAAGCAUUUGGUUCAAAUGGGAACUAACCUAAGUGUAGAAGUUACGCAAGAAACUGAAAACUUUGUUAUACAAGAUGACAUAUAUAUCAAGGAAGGUCAGGAUCUUUACCUACAUCUAUAUGGUGUGGUACAACCAUCUAUGCCUGAAACGUGUAUGCUUUAUGGACCUAACGAUACGGAAUACACUGAUGCUGUAAUUGACCCGAUGUACACCCUUACAUGUGGUUAUAUGAUUCGAAAUGCGGAUCGAACGCACAAUGGAACUUGGGUCAUCGAGUACGGCAACAAAAUAAAAAGAAGAGGAAGCGUUAAUGUUCAUAUCAUAAAUUUGGAGGAGCUCAAUCUAGAUGAUAUAUAUUGGACUGUUGGUGAUUCAGUUAAUAUGACAGUGGGUCCCAAAGGCGCCGUAUAUUGUGUGAUCUGGAAUUAUAAUCAAAUACUCUUUGAAAAUUUCGGCGAGUGCAGAAUAGUCUUGGACAGAGUAAUGAUGCACCAUGAAGGGUACUGGAGCGUCACAGUUGCAUUACCUGGCUCAGUACGUCUCCGGAACCUGUAUGAUUUCGUUGUUCAUGUACGUAAUAGAGAUACAAAGCCGCCGGUAACAACCACUGUGACAAAGAGUGAUUCCUCAAUAAUGCUGACGUGCUCAGUGCCUGUUCAGCAUGAGGUUCGUGCUUGCAAAUUCCGGGAUCCAAGAUACAACGUUCUAAUCGCUGCUAAUAGAGUUGGACAGGAUGGGUACAUGUUCAAUGGAUCUAUUGCAAACUACAAAUCCGAAGUUCAGAGCCACAACUGCACGCUUGGUAUCACCAACCCAUCAGUCUUAGACUUGGGCAUCUGGCGCUGUGCCUUAGAUACCUCUACGGGCAUGUACUAUGGAUUCUUUACUGUAAUGGUCCCUGAACUGAUGCAAGAUCCCGCAUAUGCUGCUUCUGUUGUCACUGAACCAGUAUUAAAGAAUAGAAGUCCUAUGCACAUGGAGGGAGAUCCAGUGACAAUACAAUGUUCAGUCUCUUCAGCGCUCCGUUACUGCUACUUCAGAGCGCAUAAUGGAACUGUCUAUAAUGUUUUCCCAACAAUGCCACAUGAUGAAAAUUACGAGUAUAUUGGAGCGGGCUUGGAUGCAGGCGAUUGUGGUAUCCGAUUUAAAAAGUUCUCAGUAGACGAGGCUAAAGGCUGGAGCUGUCACGUAGGUCUUAUCAACACUACUGCUGGAGAACUGCAGACAAAAGUCUAUGCUGAUAUUAUAGCUAAGAUGACAGUUCGUCACUACUGGAGACAUUCUUCGUUGGUUGUAGUGGACGCGCGUGUCUACAAUGAACACGCUCUCGACUACUGCAGAUUCGUGAGGAGUGACGGACUAGGUUUCACCUCAGACAACCUUCCACCUGGAUAUACAAUGGACACGUCGUUGUAUAGAGGGUUCUGUACUCUAUACAUAAGAAACCCCAAGAUCGUAGACUUACAUCCAUGGACAAUUGCAGCCAAGCCCACGGCAUUUGAGGGUGAAUUUUCUAAAAGCACUACCGACGACAUAUUAAUAGUAGAACAACCACAACAAAACAGCAGCGAUAUUCUAUGCUGGGUAAUAACGGUUACAGUGUGCUCAAUCUUCGUCAUAGCGGCGGCAGUUCUUAUACCCAAGAGAAAUAGAGACUGGAUCUCCACUAAAACUAGCCGGUUAAAAGAAAUCUUCUCCAGUUCUUCGCACAACGAGAUCGCGACAGAGAAAUCUUUGCUUGAACACAGAGGAAUUAAUGAUACAUCAAAAUCGAAUAUACUUUAA